UAGAAAAUGGCCCCAUUGGAAUGUCAUUCUAUCUUCUUCAUCUUCAUAUUGCUUCUUUCCACAAGUAGCUUCACUACUGGUUCGGACCCUGCAGCCAAUGCACUAGUCGACAAGGUCUGCAACCAAACUUCAAACUACACCUUCUGCGUCGGAUCUCUCUACUCAGACCCACGUACUCCAGAUGCUGAUCGAUACACGUUAGCCUAUAUCUCAGUUGGAUUAGCCUACGGGAAGGCCACCGCCACCCGUGACAACGUCGCUGAGCUUCUCAAGAAUAUUGAUCCUGGCCACCCUGAUUACCGGCACUCUCUCCAGAGAUGUGCAGGAAACUACGACAAGGCUGUCUCGCUUCUUGUAGUCGCUCAAAACGACUUGAAUUCCGAGUCCUUCUCUGAGUUGCCUGUUUUGGCUAGAAAUGUUUCGUGCGAAGCUAACCGCUGCGAAGCUGGUUUGAGAGGAAUUAAACCAUCGUCUCCUUUGACAAAUAUGAAUAAGGACUUAGUUGGCCUUUCUGAAAUCUUUGAGAUCGUUGCUAAGUUGUUUACAGGAGAAUUGUGAUUCUAUUCUUUCUUACAUGUUUCGUUGUAGAAAAUUAUAACUAAUUU